UUAAAAAAAAAAAAAAAAAAAUUUACUUUUCCUACUACUUACACCACAGUUGCUCAUUUGUUUGCUUCUUUUUUUCUUUUUGUUUUUUACAUAGUGACGAGGGAAGCACUUCUAGUUCAGAUAAUGAAGGUGGAAAGGUAAUAAGUUUCGCAGAUUUGGAAGGACCUUGCUGUCAGCCAUUGAAAGUGCCCCCCUGUACACCCGAGAAUCAGAUGGAGUUGCGAAAAGUAAGUCAGCAAUUGCGUGACUUUAGAUACAGUCGUAUGCGUAAAAUUAUGCAAGAAUUAGAUCGCAUUUAUUUUCAACCGUUAUUCCAUAAGAAAGCCCGUUUCCUUAUGAAAACUAAACGUCCAUCGUUUGUGAAAUUGAAACGUCGCAAAAUCGCAAAAUCUGAUGAAAACAAAAAUCAGAAGAAUUCAAGACCAAGUACCCCUAGAAGUAAGAAUAAUUAUAGUCAGAAAGAGCGCAAACAAAUUAGUAAAGCAAAAGAAAAGGAAAUUUGUGGAGGAGGUGGUGGUGGUGGUGGUGGUGGUGGUGGUGUUGGUGGUGUUGGUGUUGGCGGCGGCGGCGGCGGAGGUGGUAACGCCGCGAAUCAAAAUAAAGAUAUCGCUUCCAAUAUCAAAUUCAAGCAUAUAUCAAUCGGAGGAUCAAAGCUGGCGCUGCGAUAUACUAAAAAUUAUGAUCACUUAAUGGUCACGACUACUACUAACACUAAUACUAGUACUGGUACUAGUACUACUACUACUACUACUACUACUACUACUACAACUACAACUACUAUUAAUACCCAUAAGGAUGUUGUAGUACAAACUCAAGAAAAACCUGUCGAUUAUAAUGCUAAUGAAGUAGUCGUGUCACGCAAGAAACGUUUAAAAGGCGGCCAAGAGAUCGAAGCGCAACCUAAACCCCGCAUCAAAGUUUCAAGAAAAUUACGUGUAUGGCUUGCUAAGAGACAAAUUAUUAUUCUACGUCGUAGAACGCCCCGUAAAUUAAAAUUACAAUGGAAACACAUUCGAAUGAUGAAUAAAUACAACGAAAGCUUUAAUAAUUUGAAUAAUAAUAAUAAUACCAAUAAUAAUAAUAACACCAAUAACAAUAAUAGCAAUAAUAAUAGUAACAGUAAUUAUAAAAAGGAUGAUCGUCAGACUAUGGACAUACCAACAACAGAUCCGGGUUCGGAUUUAAUUUUUUCUACAGACGAUGAGUUCGUAAUUGACAAUGGGAAUAAUGUAUGCCGCGAUACUUUACCCCGAAUGAGAAAAAAUUUAUUACAAAGCGAAUUGCAGCGCCGUUAUAUUGAAGAAAUUGGAGACGGCCUUCGUACUAUGCCACCGGAACUAAUAAUAACUUCACCUUCCAGUCCACUUUCUGUUAGAUAUAAAAUGGGAAAUUCAUCAUCACGAUUAACGAGAGUGGUCCUACCGAACAUUGAACGGGCUAGACACGUAAACUCGAAUCAUAGUUUGCCAGAAAAUGAUUCUUAUAACAAGUCCCAUCAUCAUCCAUUUCACGUAUUAAGCACGAAGAGGACAGAGCUUAAUCCGGAAGAUUUAAAUAUUGCACUACAAAUAAAAAAGAAAAUUUGGGCCGGUAUACAGCCCGAUAGCGGACUAUUGAUGGUCGACAGAACUAAAAACCUGGGUCGAGAAUCAACUUCCGCCAAAUUUGAAAAUAAGACAAAAAGCACAAACAUAAUGAAAACUAACUCGGGGGAUCUUUUAUCAAAUGCUUCCCUUACUGCAAAUCUGCCGCCAGAUACUAAAGAGUUUCUAGCAGCUUGCUCCAGGAAAUUAAUUGCUUGGAAAACGAGCAAUCCAUCUCAGGAAAGGGAUGGAAAUUGUUUGACAAAGUCGAAAAUACCUUUGGAAACCGUAGUAUCGACUAUCGAUGAGAAACGUACAAUGUGUAUAUUUAGACAAUUAGUAAAUAGCAAAGGAUUGCAAAAAUUGGAUUCAAGUAAAAUAGAAAGCCCGUAUGAAACAAAAGAAGGGAAAUCCCAAAACAAGCCUGCCGUAAAAAAAUCGUCCAUAACUAAAACCGCAGGCAGCACAAAAAGCAAGACACGCAGUUCACUUCGUUCGCCGCCAUCACAGCAGCUUUCACAAAAAGUCAGUCAGAUGAAAUCGCAUUACAAGAAAGCAGCCAAAACAGCUGAUGUUAAGACAACUGUUACCGGUCGGAGUGUAACGAACGCGAAAAAACAAAAAUUACAAAAAAAAGAUGCGCCUUUAGGAACAGCAGUUAAGCAAAAUGCCACAACUAUCGACACGCAUAAAGUUUCCAAAUUGAGCAAUUUAGAUGCACCUGCGAGUAAAACUUCAUUAACACGCAAAGCGAAAACAAAAUUGAAGAAGAAAAAAUUGCCGAUGUCUAGUUGCUCCGUUCCAAAUGAUGGCAAAGCCACAAAUAUUUACGGUUAUUUCGAUAACGACAGCACCAUUAGCAUACUAGCUAAGACAAAAGCAACUGUUAUGGAUACCCCGGCUAGUGUUUCAAAAUUUUAAAAAUAUAUACUUCCAUUUAAAGAAAAACAAAAAAAAAAAAAAAGCGAUCAUAAAUAAUAAAUCAAUUGAAGAGAUUAUAAAAUUGUUAUAUGUACUCGGUAUUCGCUUACAACUUUCCAACAUAAUAUUCGCUUUCUUCUAUGAAAAGAAGAUGCGCAAAUCUUAAGUAAACAGAUUAAAAAAAUGAAAAAAUAAAUAAAUAGAAUUUUUGUACUUUUUCGCACACCCUACUUAGUCUUUUCUUUACUUCUUUGCUUUCGUUACACGCAUUAAAUAUGAGGCAAUGUUUUUAUUCCUCGUAUCAACGAAUCAAUCAGACAUCCUAUCGCA